GUGUCCCGUGUCCGUGUUGCAGAGCAGACGGACGGCACGGCCGUGGACAUCUUCUCCUUCGGGAUGUGUGCGCUGGAGAUGGCCGUGCUGGAGAUCCAGACCAACGGGGACACGCGGGUGUCGGAGGAGGCCAUCGCCAGGGCCCGGCACUCCCUGGACGACCCCAACAUGAGGGAGUUCAUCCUGUCCUGCCUGACCCUGAACCCCGACCGGCGCCCCAGCGCCCACAACCUGCUCUUCCACCGGGUGCUCUUCGAGGUGCACUCCCUGAAGCUGCUGGCGGCCCAUUGCUUCAUCAACCACCAGUAUCUGAUGCCAGAGAAUGUGGUGGAGGAGAAGAUAAAGGAGCUGGACCUGAACAUGGUGAUGGCCGAGAUCCGCAGGGAGGGGCGGCCCGGAGCCCAGUGGAGGUACUCAGAGGUUUCCUUCCUCGAGCUUGACAAGUUCUUGGAGGAUGUCAGGAACGGGAUUUACCCCCUGAUGAACUUCGCCGUGUCCAGACCCCACGCCCUGCCCCGGGUGCUCUCCCAGCCCCAGGAGGAUCCCCAGAAAGCCAAAACUCCCACCCCGGAGCCCUUCGACAUGGAGACCAGGAAGGUGGUGCAGAUGCAGUGCAGCCUCGAGCUCAACGACGACAAGUCCCAGUGGCACCUCACGCUCCUGCUCAUCCUGGAGGACAAACUGCACCGACAGCUCAGCUACGACCUCCUGCCCUCUGACAACUCCAAGGAUCUGGCCACAGAGCUGGUGCAUUAUGGAUUCAUCCACGAGGACGACUGUGAGAAGCUGGCCGCGUUCCUGGAGAGCGCCUUCCACAAGCACCGCUCCCCGCUGCUCUGAGCCCGCGGGACACGGACCCCCCACCCCGGGGAGGGAUGUGCUGGACUGGGGGGUCCGGGGGCUCCCGGGCCACCUCCCCGCAGCAGGACUGAGCCCCGGGCCCCGCCCGAGCCCGGGGGGCUUCG